UUUAAAAGUUUCUAGUUUUAAUAACCAAAGUUCAUCGAUAUAGAAUCACAGAACAUAGCAUUUAGUGAAGGUUACCACUUUCCACUGAUAUCAACUAGGUAUAUCAGAAAGUUAUAACUACAACGAACAAAAACAAAUACCUCACAGUAACGCACGUGUUUGUUUUCUCUGCUUGCCUCACACCGUCAGUACGAUGGGCAAAAAGAAGGCAAAUCAGCUAGGCCGUUCCCUGAUCAAGGACCGUUUUGGUCACGGUAACCGGAAAACUGUCGACAACAAUAGUAUGCUGCACACAACCGAGGUUCAAGACGGAUACGAUUGGGGUCGAUUAAACUUGCAGUCCGUCACGGAGGAGUCCUCCUUUCAGGAGUUUCUACGAACGGCGGAACUAGCAGGGACGGAGUUUCAGGCAGAAAAGUUAAACAUUAGCUAUGUGAAUCCGAAGUCGAAGGUCGGCCUAUUGACGACCAACGAAAGGGUUGCAAUCGAAAAGAAGCAAGUUGACAAGAAAAAUUUGCUGAAGAUUCCACGCAGGCCCAAGUGGACGAAAGACACCACGCCAGAAGAGCUGCAGUCGCUGGAAAAUGAAAAUUUCUUGGAGUGGCGAAGAGGUUUGGCAGCACUACAGGAAGAGGAAGGUAUGCUGAUGACUCCAUAUGAAAAAAAUUUGGACUUCUGGCGCCAGCUGUGGAGAGUGGUCGAACGGUCGGAUAUUGUCAUUCAAAUAGUGGAUGCCCGAAAUCCGCUAUUGUUCCGUAGUGAAGAUUUGGAACGAUACGUCAAGGAAGUUGAUGAACGAAAGAUGAACAUGAUUUUGGUUAACAAGUCGGAUUUUCUAAACGCCGAACAGAGGCGUUCAUGGGCUCGUUAUUUUGACGAGCAAAAUAUUAAGGUGGCAUUUUUCUCCGCUGCCCAGUCGGUUGAUGAUGCUAAACGCGAGAUGGAAGCCGAAGCCGCUAAGAGUGACGAAUCGUCAUCGAUUGAGCAGAAACUGAACGAAUUAAACCUUAAAGUAGAUCGAGCCGAACAAGCGCUGGAACGAUUGGAGGAAAAUAUUGACGUACUGGUCGAUCCGGACGAUAAGGCCAGUGCUUCAUCGAGCCGAAAUUUACGCAACAACCCGAAAAUUCUGUCCAACACUGAGUUGAUUGCCCUGUUCAAGAGUCUCCACACGGAAGAACGGGUUACCCCUGGACUGGUUACGGUCGGUUUGGUGGGUUAUCCGAAUGUCGGUAAAAGUAGCACCAUAAACGCUGUGUUCCUGGAAAAGAAAGUAUCGGUUUCGGCAACACCGGGUAAAACGAAACAUUUCCAAACGCUGUACGUGGACAGCGAGCUGCUGUUUUGCGAUUGCCCCGGUUUGGUGAUGCCCAGCUUUUGCACCACCAAGGCGGACAUGAUACUGAACGGCAUUCUACCGAUCGAUCAGAUGCGGGAUCAUGUUCCGCCGGUUAAUUUGCUUUGUACGCUCAUUCCGCGGCAUGUUCUGGAGGACACCUACGGUAUCAUGAUUUCCAAACCACUCGAAGGAGAGGAUCCUACUAGAGCUCCCUACUCGGAGGAGCUUUUGCUGGCGUUCGCUUAUAACCGGGGUUAUAUGACGGCCAACGGACAGCCCGAUCAAUCGCGAGGAUCUCGGUAUGUGCUGAAAGACUUCGUUAACGGUAAACUGCUGUACUGCUGUGCACCACCAGGAAUUGAUCAGAAGGAAUUCCACCGAUUUGCGGAGCGUUUUAAGGAGGAAAUGGACGUUAAACUUUUGCCUCCUCGGCAGCAACGAGCGAUGAAGAUGGGCGUAACAACUACCGGCAAGGACAUUGAUGAGCAGUUCUUUCAGGAACGGUCGUAUACCGGUAUUAUAAAAGGCCGAAGUGACUUUCCGAACGUGCGACCGAUGGGAGUACCUGGAUCAACGACUACUCAACAGGCAGGUGUGCUAAUAGCUGGCAAACCAUGGAAGCACCAGAAACGGGAAAAGAAAGAAAAACUGCGUCGAAAGUAUGCCCAUCUUGAUCAGCAUUGAAAUGCAUUGUUAACUAACAAGUGCGGGAUGAUAAAUAGUGUUUAAUUUGUUUUUUUUUUUGUAACUUUAUUCAAUGUACAAAAGAAUUACACAUCUUUAUUUUAAAUAUAUGUGCUUC